GUAGGUCUGGCCCGGGGGGCUGUGGGGGGGGAAACUGGCGAAGACACGUGACGCAACCCCACGCCCCCUCUUCAUUUCCGAUGCUCCGGCCUCUCCUUGCAGCCAGAACCCAAAGAAGUCCGUUCAGAUAAAGGGGGCGUUAGCGAGGGCGGAGGCGAGAUCCUGCGGGGCGAGAUCAUGCGGGGCGAGGUCACGUGCCCCCUAGGACCGCCCCUUAGGAAGCCACUGCCCGGCCCCCUGGAAGGGGCGGCAGCGGAAAUGACCUCACGACGUUCUUUGCUGCGUGCGGCUACGUGGCGGAGCCGGCGGAAGCAGUUCCUUCGCUGGACCCAGAGUGUUUGUGUUUUGGUUCGUGAGGAGCCGGGGCGGUCUGAGGGGAGGAGACGGAGGGAGGAGGAAGAGGACGACGACGAGGAAGAAGAAGUCCUCGGAACUGGAGCGCGGCGACUCUGGAGGAGGAGAGAGGAAGGCGGAGCAGAGAGGCGGAGACGCAGCCCGGCAGGGGCGGCACGGGGCUCGGAGUCCCGCGUCGGCCAGUGUGAGAAGCAGGGAGUAGGCGACGCCGCUGCAACUGCGGCGCGUCCGAUCUCCGGGCCGUGCGUGGCCUCGCUGCCGGGAACCGCGCCCCAGAGCUCACUGCCUGCCCCAGCUCCAAAGUCAAAUUGUUGAAGGUAUUUUCUCCAGAAAGAAGAAAACAUUGAUACCUUGCAUCCUGGAAGUUCAUUUAGGAAUCUGAAAUCAGGGACUUCUUUAUAAUUUGGACAUGGCUAAUCGAGGAGCAACAAGACCCAACGGGCCAAAUACUGGAAAUAAAAUAUGCCAGUUCAAACUGGUACUUCUAGGAGAGUCUGCUGUUGGCAAAUCAAGUCUGGUGCUUCGCUUUGUGAAAGGCCAAUUUCAUGAGUUUCAAGAGAGUACCAUUGGGGCUGCCUUUCUAACCCAAACUGUGUGUCUUGAUGACACAACAGUAAAAUUUGAAAUAUGGGAUACAGCUGGCCAAGAACGGUAUCAUAGCCUAGCACCAAUGUACUACCGAGGAGCACAAGCCGCCAUAGUUGUGUAUGAUAUUACAAAUGAGGAGUCCUUUUCGAGAGCAAAAAACUGGGUUAAAGAACUUCAAAGGCAAGCAAGUCCUAAUAUUGUGAUAGCUUUGUCAGGAAACAAGGCUGACUUAGCAAAUAAAAGAGCUGUUGACUUCCAGGAAGCACAGUCCUAUGCAGAUGACAACAGCUUAUUAUUUAUGGAGACAUCAGCUAAGACAUCAAUGAAUGUAAAUGAAAUAUUUAUGGCAAUAGCUAAAAAGCUGCCAAAGAACGAACCACAAAAUCCAGGCGCAAACUCAGCCAGAGGACGAGGAGUAGACCUUACUGAGCCUGCACAGCCAGCCAGAAGCCAGUGUUGUAGUAACUGAACUCCAGUGUCAACUUCCUAAAUGGCAAAAACCAUGGAAUUGGGAGCAUUUAGCCAGCCCAGUGUGACUUCCAAAAAGAGACUAUGGUAGAAUCAAGUUUCUAAUACUGAAUUAUUUUGAGUGUUUUGAACUUAAUUUUUAAUAACAUGCAUGUGUUCCUCCAGCAGUAGAAAGGAAAAUGAGAACUGUGUAUACACUUGUUCCAUGGGAAAGUGCAGGGGAACAGUUCAUCUCUAGUGGGUAUGGACCCACUCUUAACCCACCCAGUCUCCAAACUGGGAUGAUAGUCAGGUAUGGAAGAUUCAAAAUUACUAAUGUAUGCUUUAGAAGAACAUUUUUAGAAGACUAAAAAUAUUUAUGCUUAGCAACAAAAGCCAAGCAAAUGGUAAUUUUCUUUGAUUGUCUUAAAAAGCCUACAUUUCACAUAUUAAUAAAGUAAUCCCAAGAAAACAGUCCUAUAUCUCCAGAAAGAAGGAAUAUUGGUGGCAUCUUAAUUUUAUUCAGUCAUGUUACUUCUUAAAAUUUAAUUGAAGAAAAAAAUUGUCACAUGUAACCCCAUCCUGUUUUAGGAAUAUAAAAACUGAUAAGUGCAUUUUAAUGGAUAGUGGUCCCUUCAUAGGAGCUUCUUUUUAAGACAAAGUGGAAACAAACCAGGUAUCUGCUUUCUAUUUAAUCACUGUUGGCUAUUACAUAGAGGUCUGUCUAGAACAGGGAGGGGGCUCUGCUUCCCUUUGGACAUGAUUAGUCAGUGCAUUAACCAUUAUGUACAUUCAAACUUGAUUAUUUUAAAUAUUCAGCUGUACUGUAAAUAGAGUACUGCAUUGUAGUCUCCAUAUGUUUAUUAUUUCCUGUAAUAUUUAAGAAUUGCCUAAACAUAUACAAAAUGUACAGUUACUAAAACAGCUAAUUAUUUCUUUCUCCCCCUAUGAAAGAAAGGGGCUUUGCUGUUCUUACAUGGCUAGAACCAUAAUAAACACCGUACUUGCAAUUUGUAACAUAAGUAUUACAAUGUUAUUAGUAAUCUUGAAGCCUUGUUUUUUGAAGUCCAUUUUAUUUUAAUCAGUAUAUUGCACUAAUUAUUUUAGGUAUUUUCAUUAUAUGAAUCUACCAUGUGUCAGAUGAUUUAAUCUAUUUAAGUGUUGAUCUGCUAGCAGAACGUGUACAUUUUACAGUAACUCAAAAUUAGUAAGGAGAACAGUUCACCAGUGUUUAGUUUUAUAUUGAGGUGCUCAGGUUGGAAUAAAGUGGUGUAAAAAGCAA